AUGAAGCUGAAAUCAUCUAAAUGGGGUUACCUGUUAAUCCAAUUUAUGACACUAAUCUUUUACGCACAGACGGCUACAGGCCUGCAUUCUGUGUCCGUGCCGAACUUCAAGCAGCACGUGACCGAGCACAGCCGCUUAUCGGACCGCACGAGCCGCCGGUUGACGCGCACCUACCAGCUCUACAGCCGCACAAGCGGCAGACACGUGCAGGUGCUGAGCAAUAAGAGAGUUGUGGCUAAUGGCGAGGACGGAGACGUGCACGCCAAACUGAUCGUGGAGACCGACACGUUUGGGAGUCGGAUUCGUAUCCGUGGAGCUAAGACAGGCUUCUACAUAUGCAUGAACAAGAAAGGAAAGCUGAUUGGACGGAGAAAGGGUCAUGGCAAGGACUGCAUUUUCACUGAAAUCGUCCUGGAGAACAACUACACAGCACUGCAGAACGCUAAGUACAAAGGCUGGUACAUGGCGUUUACACGUAAGGGCCGACCACGGAAGGCGACGCGCACGCAACAGCACCAGAGAGAAGCUCAUUUCAUGAAACGCUUUCCACGGGGACACCUGCUUACUGAGCAUAAGCCCUUCGAUAUUGUCCCUUAUCAGCUCAACAAGAGGACUAAACACAGCCACCGGCCUGCCGUCAACUAA